AAGUUUUAGAUAUUCGAAGAGACAAUUUUGCUGAAGACGAUGUCUGGGCGGAAGAUUUUUUUGCUGAAGAUAUUUGUGAAGAUGUCUUUGCUGAAGAUGUCUUUAGCAAAGACAUAUUUGCUAAAAGUAAUGAAUUUGAUGAAAAAAGUGGAAAAGAACUUGAUGAAGAAGCAAUGAUGAAAGAUAAAAAGGAAAAUGCAAGGAUAAUUAAAGAAUUACCAAAAUCAAUGUAUUAUCAUAAGUUCAGUGCUUCCGGUACGCUUGCAAAUGCUGCCAAGGGAACCUGUCAAAUUACUGACAUUUUUAGAAUUGCGAGUAAGUUUCUCAGAAGGCUUUCAAUACCUUCCACGUUUCCUAUAUUUCCUAUAACUUCCUGGGCAAGUGAAUUUUUCAGCAGGACUACGCCCUUGGUGUCUCUUUCGAAUGAGAAUGUGGAUGAUGAAUUUACGCUUCAUGAAAGAAUCGAACAACUUAAGGAAGACCUUACAAAGAAUCAAAAAAAUUUAACAGCUAUUGAAUAUAAUGAAUGA